UUCUUCAAUCGGUUAGAGAAAGAAAAAAAUAAAAGAAGGAAACCAGAUUAGAGGAGUAGUUUGUGUUGCGAUUGACGACGACGAUAACGACAACGACGAAGCAUCAUGUCUUCCGGCGGCGGCGGAGGCGGAGCAAAGCCGUUCUUCUGCCACGUGUGCAGUCAGAGGAUCACGUGCUCCGAUGAGUCGGAACCCUUCUGCCCGAUCUGUAUGGAAAGUUUCGUAGAAGAAUGCAACCCUAACAACCCUAACCCUAAUCUUUUCCCCGAGAAUGAGGAAUCUUCUGAUUCCGAAAUCUCCUUCUCCCUGCUCCCUCUCUUUCUCUCCACCGUAUCCAGGUCCCGACCCGAACCCGACAUGUUCGACCCGAUGGUUUUCCUCCAAAACCACAUUCAGGGCCUUCGCGCCGACGGCGCCAACAUCCAAGUUGACUUUGGCCACCCUUCCGAGCAGCAAGGGUUUCGCCUCCCUGCGAACAUCGGCGACUACUUCAUGGGCCCCGGCCUUGAGCAGUUCAUUCAGCAGCUCGCCGACAAUGAUCCCAACCGCUACGGCACGCCUCCCGCCGCCAAGGACGCCGUCGAGAAUCUCCCCACCAUCACCGUCGACGACGAGUUGUUGAACUCCGAGCUGAACCAGUGCGCGGUCUGCCAGGACGAGUUCGAGAAGGGCUCUCUGGUGACGCAGAUGCCCUGCAAGCACGCGUACCACGGCGACUGCUUGAUUCCGUGGCUUCGACUGCAUAACUCAUGUCCUGUGUGCCGGUAUGAAUUGCCCACCGACGACGCGGAUUACGAGAAUGAGGUUCGCGGGAAUGGCGGUGACGGCGGGUCGAGGACUGGUGGGAGCGGCGACGGUGGUGGUGGAAGCGGCGGUGGAGGCGGAGGGGGGAGUAAUAGACCUGUUCGCAGGACUGUUAGAAUAUAUUUGCGGCAUCCUGAUGCUGCUGACUCCGCGCAGGACAGUGCUGAAAGGGGAUGGGAGUGGGGAAGUUGGGAUUGAAAUUUAUGUUUUGUUGUUGUAAAACUGGAAACUAUCUUGUGCAGCUCAGAGUUUCCGUGAAUAGAUUGGUAGCAUUGCCAUGUUUACAAUAGUCCUUGUGAGGAAUGUAAGAGAUGUUAUUUCCCGUGACAAGAACUUUGUUCGAUCAGAGGUCCUUUUUUAUGUAGUAGAUAGCUGGAACAUGGGAUUGCAUGAAAACACCCAACUAUUGAGAUUUUAGGUGCUGUUAUUGAGCGUUGAUAAGAAACUUCUCGUUACUUUUGUACAGAUCAUCUUCCAAACAUCCAAUAUUGAUUAUAAUCCUUUAUGAAAUAUGAACUCGUCAUGGUCUAUA